GCAAGUGAAAACUUUUGGAACCUUUCCAUAAAGAAUGGCAACAAUGGCUUUGGGUAAUGUUUGUUCACUACAAUUCAAGACUUGCGACUUAUUUGGAAUUUGUAUAAAUCACUCAUAUACCACUCUUACUAUCCAACAUAAAAGCUUAAAUAUGAAGCUAUUGGUAAUUCAAGCUACAGAUAAAACUAAUUCUCGUACUGAGAGUGCUAAACUUCGAAAUAGGCGAAUUAGAAAAAAGUUUAAUGGCACUCCUGAAAAACCAAGACUUUCAGUCUUCUGCUCAGAAAAACAGUUGUAUGCUACACUGAUAGAUGACCAGAACAAGAAGUGCUUGUUUUAUGGAAGCACUUUGCAAAAAUCAAUCCGGGGCGAUCCACCUUGUAGCACUAUAGAAGCAGCGGAGCGUGUUGGGGAGAAACUAGUGCAGACUUGUGUUGGUCUCAACAUCGAUGAAAUUUCAUCUUAUGAUCGCAAUGGUUUUGCUCGAGGAGAAAGAAUGGAAGCCUUUGAGAUUGCCAUUUCUCGACAUGGUUUCCUGUUCAGAUAGUUCUUCCUUCUUUUCGUUGUGCAUUUUUGUUGUAUAGCAUUUAGCAGUCUCUUACCCCUCAGUCCGCUAAGUUUUAUUUCUAUCAUAUUAACAUCCCUUGUCUAUCGCAAACAACCUCUGAGGUAGGGGUAAAGUCUUCGUAUACUUCUCAGACCCCACUUUAUGGGACUAUACUGAGUAUGUUGGUGUAAUUGUUUUUUCGCCUAUAGCCUAUCAAAAAGAGAAAAAACCUCCUGUAAUUCAUUCACGAAAAACUUCUUGUACCAACCAUAUACUUCGUGUCACCUGAAACGAAAAAAGAAAAAAAGAAAAGAAAAAGCUGAAGUAG